AUGGGUCCUAAAUGUGCUUCUAGUGCUGGUGGUGAUAAGGGGAAAAGAAAGUCAUCGAUAACCAUGGAAGUGAAGUUGGAAAUUAUAAAAAAAUACGAAAGUGUCAUACGCAUCAUGGCUAUUGCUAAUGCAUAUGGACGAAACCAAUCGACGAUUAGUACCAUUAUAAAGAAUAAAGAAUCCAUUAAAGCCAGCAAGUCUGCAAAGGGCGUUACCACCUUCUCAUACAAUAGAACUGCCCUUAAUGACGAGAUGGAGACUCUUCUUCUUAUUUGGAUAAAAGAGAAGGAAAUUGCUGGUGAUACGAUAACACAAGCUGCUAUAUGCCAUAAAGCCACUGCGAUCUUUGAAGACCUCGCAAAAGCCCAGAGAGACGAAGGAGGCGAAGGGACAUCAACACAAGAGGCCCCAACGUUCAAAGCAUCUCAUGGGUGGUUUGAACGAUUCAAGAAGAGAUCGGGGAUACAUAACGUGGUCAGGCAUGGGGAAGCUGCCAGCGCCGAUGAAAAAGCAGCGCAAGAAUUUAUCGAGGCCUUCAAAAAGUUAAUCCUCGAUGAAGGCUACAUCCCUCAACAAGUCUUCAACUGUGAUGAAACGGGGCUUUUCUGGAAGAAAAUGCCCCGUCGUACAUACAUCACAGAAGAAGAAAAGAAACUUCCUGGACACAAACCCAUGAAGGAUAGGCUUACUCUUGCCCUAUGUGCGAAUGCCAGUGGGGAUUUAAAAAUAAAACCCCUACUCUUAUACCACUCAGAAAAUCCUCGUGCCUUCAAGGCACAUAAUGUGUCGAAGGAUAAGCUCGCCGUCUUUUGGAGGUCCAACGCCAAAGCCUGGAUCACGAGGCUUUUAUUUGUUGAGUGGGUUAAUUGCUGCUUCGGACCUGCAAUGAAAAAAUAUUUAGAGGAGAAUGGUCUUCCUCUAAAAUGCCUCCUUGUGCUCCACAAUGCCCCUGCUCAUCCUCCUGGCCUUGAAGAACAAAUACAUCCCGACUUCGACUGA